UAUUCACCGAGAACUCAACAAUAGCAAUCGUCCAAUAUCAAUCUGUCAUUUACUUUGUUUUAGUCGGUUUGGUUACGUCGGAGGUUUUAGUACGAGUUUUUCAUUGAUUGCGGUCAAUACGUUUGUGAAUAGUUUUGAAUCAAUUCAUCAAAAUGGUGAUUGAUAUUAAAAUGUGCCGUUUCGAAAAUGUGCCCUGGGGCUUUACUCUUGUCGGCGGUGCGGAUUUCGAAUAUCCAUUAACGGUGGUGAAGGUUACUGAGGGUAGCAUUGCCCAGGAGGCUGGUCUUAAGGUCGGUGAUGUGAUUGUACGAAUUAAUGAUACACCAACAUCUCCAUUAACGCACGAAGAAUCGCACAAGGUGAUAACGAAAUGCGGUAAUGUUUUCUUCCUGGGAAUCAAAAGGGAAAACGAGGAACAGCAUGUGAAGCCGAAUUACUUUCCAACGACCAACAAAGCUAUACCCACAACUCCAACCAGUUUUCUCGAGGUAACCGAACAACCUCGACUUCCCACAAGUUUUGUAAAUGUUCCUGCAGCUGCUCCUACUCCUGCAAAGCCGGCUGUGGCAGAAAGUUUACCCAGUGAACGACCACCGUCUCCCAUACCACCACUCGGCACUGAACCAUGUUUGGAGGCAAAAUCACCGGUGCCACAUUUAUCGAUUGAGAACUACACGGAAACUUUUGCAAGGGGAAGGUCACCCUCCCCUAUUACACCAACCAGUUUUGUGGCCGUGGUGGCGGUACAAUCAACCGUUAACAUGCCAAAGGUUAGAUCACCUUCUCCCAUACCACCGCUUGGAACUGAACCAUGCUUAGAAGCCAAAUCUCCAGGACCAUACCUUAUGACGGAACAGGCCUCUGAAUCAUUGACAAGAGUAAGAUCUCCAUCCCCAAUACCUGCAAUCCGCACCGAACCCACUUGGGAUUCAACCUCUUUGCUACCAACAACCAAUGCAGAACAAUCGUUGACCAAUCGACGUUCACAAUCCCCGUUUACUCGUCAAACUUUGGAAUAUCGUCCGUCGACUGUCUUUUUGCAAGAUCCUUUGGAAUUCCGGCCAUCGCAAUCUCCCAUACCAUUUUCUCCAUACUUGGAAGCUGGCGAAACAAAUGAAUCUGCUGAAGACAAUGAACAGCAAAACGACGGCACCCAAGAAGCGGGCAAUGCUGACGAUCAGUACGUAGGAGAUCAGGACGAUAGGCCCUGCUCGGUAUUGUCCGAGGAAAGUGAACGCAAAUUGGUAGAAGAAGAAAUUGCUGCCGUUCUAGCAGAUGCCUCGGAAAUAGCUGCCAAUGAGCUUAACCAUCCAGGAAUUAAUAUUUAUAGGCUGUAUCCGAAACCAGGCGUAUGCAUGAGCAGUCAAGUGUUGCGUACUCUCAGCGAAGAGGCAUCCAAGACCAAACUUGAAAAGGAGAAGGAGAAUCGUAGGUGGACCACGUUUUUGCAAAAACCAGAUCGUCCCAUACCGAAGAGUAAACAACAGCUGGAGGCUGAAAGGCGUGCUGCAAAUGCUUACAAAGUGAAAAUUGUAAAGGGUGCACCAAGGUCAUCCCGUUCGGUGACACCAGUACCGCAGCCAAAACCGGAACCUGAUAAGGAACCGACGCCUCCACCUCCAGUUGAAGAACCCCAACCGGAACCAGAACCUGAACCCGAACCAGAGGCUCCAACCCCAGUUGAUACCGAGGUACCCAAUUUGGAAGAAACUAUUUCCAAAGAUGACAUCGCAAAUGCAGAUGAGUCCUCAAGCAACCAGCCAGAGGAGGAGAUUGAAAAAUCCGACAAAGAAAAAGAGACCACUCCAGAAAUGAAAGAAAUGGAAUGCCCACAGGAGGACAAUAAAGCUAACGAGCCAGAAGCAGAAGAAGUAAGCAAUGUUGCCGAAGUUGAAAAAACUGAAGAAGAAUUAGCUUUGGAACGGCAAUUGGUUGAUGUUCAACGUCAAUUGGCUGCCCUUUCCAACCUUCCCAGUACCAUACAAUCGACAUUGGAUACCGUGACACGUCAAUUGGCAGAUUUAUUACCCUCAUUUAAAUUACAACAAGAAAAGCAAAAAUCCCCGGAGGCACGUGAAAUCAGCUUGGAAAGAAACGAUGAACCACAGCAAUUGACCAACGAAGAAGACAAUGCAGAUGGUAAAAAUACGGAUAUUAAGGCGAAUGACAACGAAUCAGAUAAAUGUCAUGAAUCAGGAGAGAAGGAUGAUGGUAGCAACAUCAAUGCCCUCAGCCAACAGCAAGAGCAGGAUAAUAAAGCCAACGAACAAAUUGCGAAUGACACUAAUGAAGCGCGUGAUACAAUUGACAAGAAUCCAAUUAACCAAAAGGAAGUGACUUCCACCUUCAGCUCCGGGACGGUUUCAGAGGAGACCCAACAGAUGGAGGAUGAACAGAAAUUAAAAAAACAAAAGGACCACAAACACGAAGUCAUUGGCGAGCUGGAGGAACAUUUGGAGCGCAAGAGUAAUCCUAAGCGGUCAAAACGAGCUUUUGGGCCCUUAACACCAGCCUCGGAUCGUCCCUUGGUAUUGCCCGGUGGUCGUCGCUGGUAUCGUCCUAAGGAUGCCUACAAUGAUGAAUUCAUUGCCGAGAUAUUAAGUGCUCAGGCAGAGCUUAUUACCGGCUCCACUUUGGGAGUCAACUUUUUAAAGUAUCAAAAGCCCGAAAAGAAAAUCGACUUGAAUAGAAGUGAAGUGUACAAAGUAGUACAUCAUUUGGACCGACAGCCUGUGCGCGGAAUUGAAGUGCGGGCACCCGUCGUACCAUCAGAAGCAGAUAUCAGAGCAGCAGCACAGUCUUCCUAGGAAGUUCUGUCCAUUACAACAUCAAAUAAACAUCAGCACACACACACACACAUGCACACAUUGGCAUGCACAUUUAUUAUAUACACUGGGGUGUAUCGUAGAUACACAAUUUCUGCAGCAAAUAUUAAAUAGAGAAUUACUAUUGUACAACCAACCACACCCAGCUAAAAUGGUGCACAACUUCAGCUCGCCUUGCCUUACAACCCAGAUUGCAUUCAGCUGUACUCCUGCAUAUUUGUGUUAGUGUGUCCUACUGAUUGAACGUAUGAUAUGAGUGUGCGUGUGUGUGUGUGUAUAAAGUAUAUACUUAAACAUGAACAAAUGCUUGUGUGUAUGUACAUUAGAUCAAUUGCCUGGUAAGGCAUUAUGUGGUUAAAGGCACAGAAACAACUUGGCAUGGAGAGACAGACGGAUGUUUGGUCGUAUGGUCUUGUACCAAAAGAUGGACGUUCAACUGGAUGGAUGGAUGGAUAGAUGGAUUGGAUUGCAUUCGAUUCAAACCCAAAAGUAAAGCCACAAUUGCAAAGACUUGUCUUCGGCACACAUUCGAACCAACAUGCAAGCUGCAUAUGUAUACAUACAUACAUCACACAUCAAACAUUGAAGAGGAAACUUUACUGGAUUUCUGUCGUCAUACUUGUGCACUCAGCUGCUCUUGUGUUCGUUUUUACAUUUCAUUCUUUUCUCAAUUCGAUUGGAGUUUUCGUUUUUAUUUUUGGUUGCCUUGGCAAAGAUACAAAUACUUAGGUCUCGUCCUGCUUCUCACACACAUCAAAUGUAAAGAAAUUUGAAACAUUUUUAAAUAUAAGUUUUGUCAAAAAUAAAGCAGCAUAAACCAACUACAACAA